AGGUGCACACCAUCACACCUGGCUAAUUUUUUAAAAAAAUGUCUGUGGAGACCAGGUCUCACUAUGUUGCUCAGGCUGGUUCUGAUGAUGGACGUUUUGAGUGCCUAUAGUUUAUAUGUUCUAGAUUUAUAGCUUACCUCUAACAGUUGGUUUGGUGUGGUAUAUUUGGUUUUCAGUCAAUUUGAUCUUCCAGUGACUUAAUCUCUGAUUCCUUCAUGAGGACCAGGCGUGGGCAAUUGUUCCUGCAGAAUCAGUAUUUAACCUUCAUAUGCUGAAACAGAUUCAACACAGUAGAUAGUAUAAAACUAGGAUGUUUUAAUCCUAUAAUUGGGUAAAACUCUGGAUGAAAAUUUAAUUUUUUUUCUUUAUUUUUUUUUUAGAUGAAAAUUUUAUGUCCAGCACCACCUGUCCUCACAAAAUUCAAUUAACGCACUAAAAAUGAAUGUAUGUUUGCCCAGAAAUUAAUUUAUAACACAGUUGAUUUUUGAAAACUUUAUUUUUAAACUAAGAUUUUUUUUUCAAAUUUGAAUAUUAGAUCUGUUUUAAAAAAUCCCCAUAAAAGCAGUUUCAGUUCUUAUGUGGAUUGCAAAUCAUGAAACAACUUGCUGAUGAAGCUUAGAUUUCUGGAAUGCUUUAUUUUUAAAGUUAACUUUGAAGUUUUAUUUUCUGUUUGUCACGUCCAGCCUCUUGUGACCUUUCUCCCUGAAUGAACAGAGUUAGCUCUCUGAAAUGUCAGGAGUUUGUAACACCAAGGGUAAAUUUGCUGGAAAGCUUUUAGUUGGGCUGCAUUGCCUUGUUUAAAUAGCCGAACACCUGCUAGGCAAGCCCUGCACAUGUGAGUGGCUAUAUAUGUUCCUUCCUUUAGGAUUUGCAAGGCUGGAGCACAAAGACAGCGAUUGUUACCCAAUAAGCAGUAGUCACACACUUCUACCAAUCGCCUUAGGAGGGCUGGUUACCAUGGAAUCCACCAUCUGUUCACUCCCCACCGGAAUGUGAUUAUCAUUGUGGGCUUGGAACUGGGGAAAGCAGGGGAGCCUGUGCUGGGUGAAAUUAUCUGCAAUGGACUGGGUUAAUGGGAAGCUUGCUUUGGCUCACUGGAAGAAUAAAUGAAGGGAGUUUUACUUCAACCAUUUGCAAAUUCUGGCCAAGAGGAAUAAAUUUAGCUUUUAUAAGGCAGCAGUACCUGUCCAAAGAUCGCUUUAGUUCCACCUUGUUUCAUAAGCAGCACAACCACACUGGUUGAUGAGAAUGUAUCUAAAGAAGAGGCUCAGGGAAUAAAUGGGAACAGGCCAGCAAAACACUCAGCUGCAAGUCCAAAGCCACAAGGCCAGUGAGCAUGAGCCAACUGUCAGCUGAGUUUAUAAAAGAGACGAGAUCACUAAAAACCAGGGAAACCAGCUGAGGGAAAAUGGGGCAUGUAAUUAGGAGGCGACAUGAUUUCUCAUCCUUCUUCCAGAAGUGCCUCCAAAGCCAUUACACCUGCAGAAUUCACCUUCGUCCAAUAUACACCAAACCCCCAAGCAUAAAGCUUUACCUAGUGCAAAACCAAGGAUGGAGGAAAUUAAACCUGCCUCUGCUUCUUGUGUCUCAAAAGAAAAACCCAGUAAAGUAUCAGAUCUCAUCAGUCGCUUUGAAGGAGGCAGCUCAUUAUCAAAUUAUAGUGAUUUGAAGAAAGAUUCUGCUGUGAACCUAAAUGUUCCUAGAACCCCGGGAAGGCAUGGAUUGACAACCACACCUCAGCAAAAACUCCUGUCCCAGCACUUGCCACGGAGGAAGGGCAAUGAUACAGAUCAGACUCAGGGUGCACAGACUUGUGUGGCCAACGGUGUAAUGGCAGCACAAAACCAGAUGGAAUGUGAGGAGGAGAAAGCUGCCACUUUUAGCCCAGAUAUUUCUAUUCAGGCCUCUGAACCCUUGCUUGAUACGCACAUAGUGAAUGGAGAAAGAGAUGAAACUGCCACGGCUCCUGCAUCACCCACAACAAAUGACUGCGAUGGAAAUGCUUCUGGCAGUAGCUACAGGACUCCAGGCAUAGGCCCAGUGCUCCCCCUAGAAGAAGGAGGGGCAGAAACUGAAGCCAAGGUACAAGAGAGGGAAAAUGGGGAAAGCCCUCUGGACCUGGAGCAGCUGGACCAGCACCAUGAGAUGAAGGAGACUAAUGAGGAAAAACUUCACAAAAUAGCCAAUGAACUUUUGCUUACCGAAAGAGCUUAUGUCAACCGGUUAGACCUCUUAGAUCAGGUAUUUUAUUGCAAACUGUUGGAAGAAGCAAACCGAGGCUCAUUUCCAGCAGAGAUGGUGAAUAAAAUCUUUUCUAAUAUUUCAUCAAUAAAUGCCUUCCAUAGUAAAUUCCUCUUGCCAGAGCUGGAGAAACGAAUGCAAGAAUGGGAAACUACCCCUAGAAUUGGAGAUAUCCUUCAGAAAUUGGCACCAUUUCUUAAGAUGUAUGGAGAAUAUGUGAAAGGAUUUGAUAACGCAAUGGAAUUGGUUAAGAACAUGACAGAACGUAUUCCCCAGUUCAAAUCAUUGGUUGAAGAAAUUCAGAAACAAAAAAUCUGUGGGAGCUUAACUUUGCAGCAUCACAUGCUAGAACCUGUUCAGCGGAUUCCCCGGUAUGAGAUGCUCCUUAAGGACUAUCUAAGGAAAUUGCCUCCUGAUUCCCUGGACUGGAAUGAUGCUAAAAAAUCACUUGAAAUUAUAUCUACAGCAGCAAGCCAUUCUAAUAGUGCAAUAAGAAAAAUGGAGAACCUAAAGAAACUCUUAGAGAUUUAUGAAAUGUUGGGUGAAGAAGAAGACAUUGUAAACCCUUCAAACGAACUAAUAAAAGAAGGACAGAUCCUCAAACUAGCUGCUCGGAACACAUCAGCACAAGAACGCUACCUUUUCUUAUUCAACAACAUGUUGCUGUACUGUGUGCCCAGAUUCAGCUUGGUAGGCUCUAAAUUCACAGUUCGAACCAGGGUUGGCAUUGAUGGAAUGAAAAUUGUGGAGACUCAAAAUGAAGAAUAUCCACAUACUUUCCAGGUAUCUGGGAAAGAGAGAACACUGGAACUGCAGGCCAGUUCUGCACAAGACAAAGAAGAAUGGAUCAAGGCCCUUCAAGAAACCAUCGAUGCUUUUCAUCAAAGGCAUGAAACCUUCAGAAAUGCAAUUGCAAAGGAUAAUGACAUUCAUUCAGAGGUUUCUACUGCUGAGCUAGGGAAAAGAGCCCCAAGAUGGAUCCGAGAUAAUGAAGUGACAAUGUGUAUGAAAUGUAAAGAAUCUUUCAAUGCACUGACGCGAAGGAGGCAUCAUUGUCGAGCAUGUGGAUAUGUGGUUUGUUGGAAAUGCUCCGACUACAAAGCUCAACUUGAAUAUGAUGGAGGUAAAUUGAACAAAGUUUGUAAAGACUGUUAUCAAAUCAUAAGUGGAUUCACAGAAAGUGAAGAAAAGAAAAGGAAAGGAAUUUUAGAGAUUGAAUCAGCAGAAGUAUCUGGAAACAGUGUGGUGUGCAGCUUUCUUCAGUAUAUGGAGAAGUCGAAACCUUGGCAGAAAGCUUGGUGUGUGAUCCCCAAGCAAGACCCCCUUGUGCUGUACAUGUAUGGUGCCCCCCAGGACGUCAGAGCCCAGGCCACCAUUCCACUUCUGGGCUAUGUGGUAGAUGACAUGCCACGGAGUGCAGACCUGCCACACAGUUUCAAACUGACCCAGUCUAAGUCUGUGCACAGCUUUGCUGCAGACAGCGAGGAACUGAAGCAUAAAUGGCUGAAAGUCAUCCUUUUAGCUGUCACAGGUGAGACACCAGAUGGUCCAAAUGAGCAUCCAGGCACCUUGGAUGAUCAUCCUGAACCUAAGAAAAAAUCAGAAUGCUGAACUCAUCCAGGACCAGCCAUAGUGCAGAGGUCUCAAGAUGUAAAGCUCAAGACAUUCCCAGCUCUUCAUACUCAUCUGCUAGCACUUUAUGUUGAAGAAUACAGGCUCAUAAAUGCAUCAGUUGAGGACUAUUUUCCUAUGUUUAUGUACUCCUAACGAAAGUAGUGUACAGAGUCAUUCUACCGAUAAAGUUUUGAAAUAAUGUGAAAACUGGAUCAUUUUUUGAGCUAUUCCUUGAAUAUGUGCUUUUUUGUCUUGAAGAAAAUGGUAUCAGUUGAUUCUGUCACUGUCAGGUUAGAAUGAGCACUUUCAUUUAAGAAAUCCUUUAAUAUGUUCUUCUCUUUCACAUGUAGGACCUGUAACAGUUUGAAAGAUAUACCUCCAUGUUGCCAAAAUAGAUCCACGGUGAAAAAUACAGGGACAGUUUAGGCUAUUGUAUUAACUUAUUUAAUUUAGUUUAUAAAUCUCUAGCUGCAUAAAUGGUGUCUGUUCUUUUAAAACAAAAAGGACAAUUGUUGGUGUUCAGAUUUUCAAUUUAUGAAGAAAAGAGAACUUGUUUUGUAGAAAUACUUCUAAGAAUAUCUUAAGUAUAUAGUAAUUAUGUAUAUAUAGUAUUAAAUAUAUAUAUAUAUACUAUACAUGCUUUUCUCUUUAGCUUUGGGUUCACAUUCAUUUCUAAUUUAUUUUUUAAAUAUAAAGCAUGGUUUAUCUUGGAAUUCAGCAAUGUUCUAAACUGAAGAAAUGUUUUGGUGAUUUAUGUUUAACUGAUUGGCAUUUGAGGGUAUUGAUAUUUUUAUAAGUGGUAAUUUAUGUGGCAUGGGAUAUAUUUGUGAAUUCCAACAGUACUUUUAAAGUACCAUCUUUUGUUUCUGUGCCUAUUUAAAACAGUGCCUCUCUUAGAAGGUGCUAUUAAUGUAAGAUGAGGGUUCAGUUAUAAGCUUCAGUCUUGAUUAUUUUAAGAUUAAAGUGCAUUUCAGUCACUGGGACAGUCAAAGUCAUGUAGGUUGUUUUACCUUUUAUGAUCCUAAAAUUGUUGCAGUAGUUAACAUCAGCAUGUACAGAAAUUUUCACCAAAACCCAAACUUAGGAGACACCCGACCCUUUUACAGAACUAGGAUAUGUGGAACCCACGUUCAUUGUAAUGUUUUUCUUUUCCAUAAGGUAGUCAAGCAUGGUUAAAUGAGGACCCUCUAUAUACUGAACACUUAAGAUCUGUGUGGCCCAUUCCUUUGUCAGAAUGAAACAAAAUCCACCUGGGAUAACCCAUGUUUGGGGCAGGGGCUGGUCACAUGAUUCCUUGUCAUGAAGGCUGCGCUACACUGUGUUGUACCUCUGAUUAAAAUCUCACACUAAGUUUACUAUUUAACUUAAUCCUUUUCUCAAAUUAAACAUUUUUUUAUAUUGUCA